CACCGGACGGACCUCGCGGAUAGGAGGAGGCGCGUGGCUUAGACAUGGCUGCCAAAGUGGGCCCGCCGCCCCCGAAGCCCAAGCAGGCCUUUGUUCUGCGAGUCCCUCCGAGCUCCAGGCCGAGCCAGGACCCUCGGGACGCCCCCGGCGGGCCCAAGACGGUCCACCAGCUGGUUCUGGAGCACUUACUCGCCUUCCUGCCCAAACCAGGCCUGGGCGCGCCCCACCAGAAAGUCAGGGAGACCUUGGUCAUCGUGAGCGCAAACCAUCAGAACAGGGUGCAACUGCCCUUCAUGAAGUUCCUGCCCCGAGGAGGAGCCCAGCAGAAGAGGGAGAUGGUGGCUCAGUCUCCAAAAGAUGGGCCUCAGAAGCUGGAAGUCUUUGAGGAUCUGCACGUAUUUCACUCCCAAGAAGAGCACGUCAGCCUGGAUGCUGCUCCACAGCCCGCAUCAGACAAAGAAGAACACAGAGUGGGUGAGAUGCCGUCACUGGCAGUUAACAGUAAUUCUGAUGUUGAAGAUCUUCAGAAGGAAGCUGUAGCUAAUGAAGAUCAUAGAGAAGAGUCAUCGGACUGUGAUGAAAUAGAUUGUUCCAUGGUCUCUGAGCAACCUCCAAAUGGCCAUGAAGAAAGACUAACAUACAUUCCAAAGGAAAGGAAAGUGAAAGAUCUUUUAGUUACCAUUGAAAAUGAUACUCCGUUAGAGGAACUCUCCAAAUACGUGGACAUCAGUGUUAUAGCACUUACGCGAAAUCGGAGAACCAGAAGAUGGUACACUUGUCCAGUGUGUGGAAAACAAUUUAAUGAAAGUUCCUAUCUUAUUUCCCACCAGCGGACUCACACUGGGGAAAAACCUUAUGACUGUAGUCACUGUGGGAAAAGCUUCAAUCAUAAAACAAACCUUAAUAAACACGAACGAAUCCAUACAGGGGAGAAACCUUACUCAUGUUCUCAGUGUGGGAAAAACUUUCGUCAAAAUUCUCAUCGUAGUCGCCAUGAAGGAAUCCAUAUAAGGGGAAGGAUAUUUAAGUGUCCAGAGUGUGGGAAAACCUUCCCAGGGAAUAAAGAACUUGUACUUCACCUGGAGAGUCAUGAGGCUGAGAGGCCUUAUGGUUGCAAAAGAUGUGGGAGAAGAUUUGGUCGACUGUCAAACUGUACCCGGCAUGAAAAAACCCACUUGGCAUGUAAGACCCGAAAACAGAAGUAGGAUCGAGAGAGGUCUGAUGGGCCUGCCUCGACCUAAAAUGUUGAUAAGGAAUGUGAAAGCCUCUUCAUGGCCAAAGUUGAAUAAAUACCUGUCUUGGCUGAAACCUCAGAUUUUAAGGAAAUUCACAGGGAUGGAAACUGCCUCAAGGGCUAUACCUCAGCAUCCAGACUUGAAGUAAUGCGCGUGUGUGCACAUGUGCACAACAAUGUCAGGUCACAAUCCCUUUCCCGAGAAAGGCUUUGAAUGCGAGUUUGGAGAUGCUUAUCUGCAAGGUAAACAGUAUGACUCAUGUACUAAAAGUAUAGCUAUUUUCCUUUCUUCCAUAUAGGACUUCAAACUUAUGAGAAAUAAUGCAAAAGUUCUUAUCCAAGAUUUAUUACCUGAAAGAACUACACUACUGAUUUGUUAAGCCCGCAGCUAUUGAGGCUUAAUUGUUGAAAGGGAUUGUUUACUCUUUAGAAAAUAGGAAAACAGCAAUUGAAUGUCAGAGACUUAGCGUCAUUUGUAUGUUAUUUAAGCUGAUCAGAAAUUGCAGUUUGGCGAAAAGCAACUGUUUUACAGAAAUCCUUUCCACAAUAUAAUUAAAAGAGUUUACUGUUCUUACAUAUUUUGUCCAGCUGUUAAUUGCUCAGACAUCUUUCUUUUACUUGCCAAAAUCUUUGAUUUUUGGAUUGCUCAGGACUGGCUCCGCAAACCCACUACUGGAAAAGCUCUUCGAACUGUUGUUAUGCUGAACUAAGAAAAACCCUGCUAAGAAGGAAACCCCAAGAACCUGAAGAGGAGAGACAGGCCUAGGAGUGGGAAGAUGGUGGUUCAUGCCCACAGCUGGUCAAGCACCACACUGUAUAUUUAAUUCUCUAAGCAGUCAUGAGGUCUUUGCCAAUGGGUGGUCACUACCUCACAAAUGUUUUAGAAGCUAUUUUUCCAGUAGCUAGCUCACUUUGCCUGCCAAGAGACAGGACUUACUGUCUUCACUGUAGUGUAUAUUUAUUCUCUUUGGCCUCCUGAUACCCAGAAUUUCCUCAUUUGUCUUUACAGACACAAGGGUAGUGGUGCCUUCAUGGGGCCAAUACUGCGGUAUCACUUUUAAGGUUCUUUACUGGUUUGACUAAAAAAUUUCUCAAACUUGGGCGUUCCCUAGUGGUGCAACUAACUGGGAUAGGAUGCAGCACUGCAAGCUGGCGGUGGCCACUUCAACAUG